CAGUAGAACUUCACAGUUACACACUGUGCCAUUUGCCCUUCAGACUGACAAUCGUAAGAAGCAAAGUGUUGUAAGGAGAGGCAGAGAAGAAGAGGACAGUCGUCGUGAGCCAUGUUGGCUGAAGGUUUUCUCAGAGUGCUGCGCUACAGAGAGGAGAGAAAGUUUGCCUCAGCUUCCACGCCUAAGAGGUCGCAGACGCACACUCAUUGCAGGGAUCCGUAUAAGUCUUCUCUCUCUGACGCAGACUCCAUAGAUCUACAGUCAGCUGAAGCAGGUCCAAACCAGGAAGAACUUGAUCACAACCAAUUCAAGGGGCUAAAAGUGACGCCUCAUGGUCCUGUAGGCCUCUCAAUCCCCGGGUGUCCACCUGUCCUCACCUUGCACCCUGACUUAACAGCGUGCUUAAACGAUUGUAGCCUCCUGGAGCAGUACCCAGACCUGCAGGUGGCCGACACACACAACCAACUGAGAGCCAACAUCGGCCAGCAUGAUUUUGUCUCCGAACUGUCCUAUCAGCUAGCCCAACAGGACCCACACACACAAGGUCAGCCCCUCACAUCGAUACCAGAUCAGGGUUAUCUGGCGAUGGGGGCCAGUGUGAACAUCAGCUUGGAUCUGCCCGGGUCAGGGCUGGAGCCGAUGUCUAACUCGGUGCUGAACGGACUGCUGGACAAACAGCUGGAGGAGGUGUACAUGCAGCAUCUGACUGACAACUUGGCUCGAUGUAACUCCCACCUGGGGAACAGCCUGCUGCACGGCCUGGUGCCUCCGCCGCAGCCCAGCAGCCAGCUGCAGGGACCGGACUCGCUGGAGGCCAGUCUGGAAGAGGGAUCGGGAGGGGACAGCAGCAAGAAGAUUAGUUAUCUGAACACGCAGAACUUUGCUCCCUGCUCAUCCAACUUCAGCUCCCCUGUGCUGAGGAUCUCAGAGGCUGACAAGGCUCAUACGCAGUGAAUGCAAUCAUGCGUACAUCCUGCAGAAGUGUUACAUGUGAUGCUCAACUAGUUCAGUCACAGGAACAUGCAACUGUGACAUGGAAACCAGGACAAAGAGACCGGCCAGUGGAUUAGUGCAUGCAUUUCAUAUAUUUUCACAAUGUCUUUGUUUACUUAUUUGAGGGAAUGAUGCCUCAUAUUUACCUGCUCUCAGGUGCCACCUGCUGUUAGAUUUUAGUACAACACCUCCUGACAACACCUGACAUACGUGAGAUUUUAUUUUAUUGACCGUAUAUACCUGGGUGUGUGUGUGUUUGAGGUAUUUAUUAUAGCAAAGCAAACUGUGAACUAGUGUAAGCUCAUACUGCACACUGACAUUGUCUUGUAAUUAGAGAUGUACACAGUAGUGUAUUAUACCAUCUGCUUUAAAUGAAGUGAAAUAAAGAAAUCAUUAAAGGAGGAUUUGGAUUUGAAUCAACAAA